UCUGGUUCUAAACCCCAAAACCUGCCAUUGCAAUGCCAAGCAAACCAAAGCUCUAUGAAACUCCGGUUGCUCUCUCUCUCUCUUAAAAUCACAGUCUCUCUCUCUAAACAUUACAGUCGCCAAUCUCUCUCUAGACAAUGGAAGAUGGCAAUGCUUCGGCCCAACACCAUCUCCUUAUUCAGCAACAGCAACAGCAACAGCAGCAACUCUUACUCCUUCAUCAACAACAACAACAGCAGCACCAACAGCAAGCCAUUUCUCGAUUUCCAUCGAAUAUAGACCCUCAUUUGAGGGCACCGGCGAGCCUAAAUCGAGCCCAGAUUCAAGCCCAGGCUCAAGCUCAGAAGCCAAGUGGGCUCAGGCCCAACAUCCAGCUUGAGCUCGAGAUGGCCCACCAAGACGCAUGGCGCGUUUGUCAUCCUGAUAUAAAGCGCCCCUUUUCCUCCCUUGAAGACGCUUGUGAAAGGUUGCUGCCUUACCAUGUGGUGGCUGACUAUGAGGCUGAGGAGGAGGACAAGAUACUUGAGUCUGAACCCUCAGGCCAAACCCUAACACGCGCCCAACAGUGGGAGCAUAACAUCACUAACAAAAUCCAAGAAUUUGUAGCUACGUUUGAGAAGCAAGUGAUGGCUUACAACAUGAUAUGCAGGAAGAGGGCUCAAGGAGAGUUUAGAACGGAGGAAAGGAUCAUGAUAGAGCAAGCCCUCUUACAAGAAGAGAAGAGGGCCUUGCUUGAAUUAAGGGCUGAGAUCGAAUCUAGAGAGAAGGAAGCGAAGAUGAGGAUGGCCAUGGCUCAAGUUGAGCAAGCUCGUGUUGCUGAGGUGGUGGGCCUACCUCAUGUAGUGGGGCCGUUUAUGGUUAAAGGGGAGGAAAGGGGGGGUCUGCAGCAGCCAAAUGGCGAAGGGGCAGGGCCAUCAGAGGCUUGGGAGGGCCCACAAAAGGAGGAGGAAGAGCCCUCAGAAGAUUUUUUAAAUGAUGAUCAUGAUCAAGAGAAUGGAGAAGGGGGGAAUGCGGUGCAAGGGGAAUGGAGAGAGGUUGGUGAGCUUGAUCUUAACACAAGGUAAUUUUGCUUUGCCUUUAUCAGAAGACUCAGGUGCUAUAUUGGUAAUAGGUGGAGGAGGAAUAUUUAUUUUGGGAGAAGGUAUUCCUUUAAUAUCUAAUUGGGAUAAUUUUGAUAUCAAUUGAUCCAUGAGGGAUUUGUUAUUAUCUCCACUAUGGAAUUUGUUUUUAUUUAAUUCUG